CAAAGCUGGUGGGGCAGAAUUCAGGGGAGCACACCAUUUCUGGAGCUGCUGCCUGUAACAACUGCGGAAUAAAACAAAAGUAGUUUAUAAUGGAAGCAAAGUCGUAAUUAUAAAGUUGUGUGUACGCGAGUCAGAUGUUUAGAAAAACGGUGGACACUUUGAUUGUUUGAGUUUUAAAUGUUGAGGAAAUCAAUCACCCCAUGUCUCGAGCCACCACCGGUGGUACACGGUCUACGGCGGCGAAGGGCUGGCGUGAUCAGGCCAGCAAUCGGCCUAGUCAAGUGACUCCCAAAGUGUCAGAUGUAGCUUGCUCGCCAGCUAGCUAACUUGCUGAACUACUUUUGUCAACCAACGUCCCUGAUGUGGCAAUUGAAAGUUGCUGUUUUCAAUUUGUGGCUACUACUAGCCAUUGUUAAUCGACUUUUUAACUAACGUUAGCAAACUACCUUACUAGCUAGCUCAGCUACCAGUUGGCUAUGUUGGACUGAGCUAGCUAGCCAGUAAACACAGCUUGCGAGUUCCAGUUUUUAAACUAGAUUUAUUUCCGUUUUAGGUCCGCCAGUGUCUUGGCAAGUUGUCAUGUAAGAUUAUUUUUCUUUUUCUUCGUGUACGCGUCUUGCAUAUUAUCAUUUUUUACAUCUUGAUUUUAAUGAAUAACUAGUUAGCCAGUUAGCAAUGUCUCUGCCAUCCGCCGAUAUGAUCGAAACUCCCCCUGGAUAUCCCUUUGAAGAAAUAGAUUAUGUGGAUAUUGAAGUUGAAGAGGUCGUGGGGAGAGGUGCAUUUGGUGUUGUCUGCAAGGCCAAAUGGAAAGGCAAAGACGUUGCAAUCAAGACAAUAGAGAGUGAAUCUGAAAGGAAAGCAUUCAUAGUUGAGCUGCGACAGCUUUCGCGUGUGAAUCACCCCAACAUUGUGAAGUUGUAUGGCUCAUGCAAUAUUCCGGUCUGCCUGGUGAUGGAAUAUGCUGAAGGGGGGUCUCUGUACAAUGUGCUGCAUGGUGCUGAACCCCUCCCCUAUUACACUGCUUCCCAUGCCAUGAGCUGGUGUUUUCAGUGUUCCCAAGGGGUCGCCUAUCUCCAUGGCAUGAAACCAAAGGCUCUCAUUCACAGGGACCUCAAGCCACCCAACCUGCUCCUGGUUGCCGGUGGCACCGUGCUGAAGAUAUGUGACUUUGGGACAGCGUGUGACAUUCAGACCCACAUGACCAACAACAAAGGAAGUGCUGCUUGGAUGGCCCCAGAGGUGUUUGAAGGCAUCAAUUACAGCGAGAAGUGUGACGUGUUCAGCUGGGGCAUCAUUCUCUGGGAGGUGAUCACACGCAGGAAGCCCUUUGACGAGAUUGGAGGGCCGGCCUUCCGCAUCAUGUGGGCUGUGCAUAACGGCACCCGACCACCGCUCAUCAAGAGCCUACCCAAACCCAUUGAGAGCCUGAUGACCCGCUGCUGGUCUAAAGACCCCUCUCAGAGACCCUCCAUGGAGGAGAUAGUCAAGAUCAUGACCCAUCUUAUGCGAUGCUUCCCAGGAUCUGAUGAACCCUUGCAAUAUCCGUACCAGUCUUCAGAUGAAGGACAGAGUAGCUCGGCCACCAGUACAGGUUCCUAUGUGGAUUACACUUGCAACAGCAAUAAGAGUGACACAAACAUGGAGCAUGGGGACUCUCCGGGGAGCAACGACACCAUCAAGAUCACACCUCAGUUUGCACAUCAGUUCAGGCCAAAGGUAGACCCGUUGUGGAGCCUGCCUCUGUCCAGAGGAAGCAGUGUUGAGAGCCUGUCGGAGCGAACACACAGUCUGCUGCCACCAGAGAGCAAAAGAAUGAGCGCAGACCUGUCAGAGCUGGAGCACAGGGUGCCUUUCGCUCCCACAGCACGUCCCCAGUAUAAACGAGGCCACCGUAAAACGGCGUCAUUUGGCACCAUUCUGGACGUUCCCAAGAUCGUCGUCACAGCCACCUGUGAGGCGCAGAGACGGAGAUCUGUACAGGACCUCCCUGGGGUCGGCACAGAGUCCAGCCAGGGGAGCCGGAACAGCAGCAGGUCCUCCAGUCCCAGUGUGAGGAUGAUGCCGCCUGAUAAGACCAGCAGCAGAGGCUAUAGCUUCUCUCCCGAUGACCCCACAGAUACCAACGGCUCAGACAACUCCAUUCCCAUGGCAUAUCUCACUCUGGACCACCAGCUGCAGCCCCUCGCUCCUUGCCCAAACUCCAAAGAGUCCAUGGCUGUGUUUGAGCAGCACUGUAAAAUGGCCCAGGAGUACCUAAAAGUGCAGACAGAAAUCGCCUUGCUGAUCCAGAGAAGGUGCGACAUGCAGAAAUUGCACCUCCAUUUCCUGGAUGUCACGGGAGGAUUUUAAAGGGUCGUGGGACUUGAGCAAGAAUAAUAAAAUGAAAUAAAAAUAACAUUAUUUGCUGACCUAACACAUGCAGUGUGUCUGCAGUGGUGAAAUGGCUAGCUACAUUUGGACUCUGAGGGGUUCAUGCUCCACUCACUCACUGACCAAUACAAUAAAUUCUCCCCCCACGCGCACACCACACACACACACACACACACACACACACUGAUCCAAUGAAAUGACACAUUUCGCUACAUCUUCAAAAUGUGUAUGUGACCAAUAAACAUUUCAUUUGACAAACUGAUCCAAUAAAAAUAUCAUUCUGCAACAUUGUUUUAAAUGUGACACGUCCAAUCAGAUAAUAUAGAUCUUCUUCUGACAGCUAGCUUGAUUGACAGCUAACUACGCAGAGGUGUUCUGCAGGCAUUGCACAUGUGGAUAGUCGGAUGUCAUUUAGCUCAUGUAGUCGAGCUGUCAGAGUAAAAUCAUGGACCAGUUUUUUUUAAACGUGCAGCUUCCUCUUCAUCUACUGCUGCUACCAACGUCAACAACAAGGCAGACAACCUGGUCCCUUUCAAGAAGAGAAAAUACCAACUUCAUCAAAUAUAGUUUUAUAUAGAAGAGAGGCAGGGUGAGUGUAGACCGCAACGAGCUGUUAGCUAAUGAGAACAUGAAACCCAAAAUGAAAAGGCAUCUGGGCACCAAGCAUCCAAGCCGCAAAGACAAGACAGCUGACUUUUUUUUUCAAGGAAAUGUCAAUAUCUGGAGGCCUCACAAGAUUCAUUGAAGAACGUCUGCACGGUACAAGAAAAGGCACUUUGUGCAUCAUACCUUGUGACCCAGCGUAUUGCUAAGUGCAACAACAAAAAAACACCAGUGCAGAGGAUCUCAUACUCCCUGCUGCGAUUGAUAAAUGCACUGAACUCUUCGGAGAGUCAGCCUCAACAUACUUAAAACUAUACCCAUAUCCAAUGACACUAUGAGGAGGAGAAUCCCGGACAUGUCUGGGGACAUAACGUGCCAGACAUCAGAGUACUUCAGUGCAAAUUUCCAUUACGCACUGCAGCUUGAUGAAUUCACAGAUAUGGCUAACCAUGCAAUUCUAAUGGUCUAUGUCAGACACGUCUGGGAUAAUAACUUCGAGAAGCAGUUCCUUUUUAGUGUCGAUUUGCCCACCACCACCACUCCAGAGGCUGUCUUUAGCACAAUGGAAAUGUUCCUGGGCUCCGUGGGACUGGCCUGGGAUGGGUGUGUUGGUGUGACCACAGAUGGGGCAGCUGCCAUGACGGGACAGCACUCUGGAGUAGUAAAGCGGACCCUGAGGAGCACCAGCAGGUGCUUUAUCAUGCAGAGGGCCACUGGCUUUCCAGGGGUAAACUGCUGGGUCGCUUUUAUGAGCUUCGAGCAUUUCGAUUGUGAGGAAUGGCUCUCGCAAGUUGCCUACCUGGCAGAUAUUUUUAACCAUCUGAAUUCGCUCAAGGGAGAGGUCAUAAUCGAUUUUAACAGAAGGACAAAGUGGAUGGCUUCCAGAUGAAGCUUACCAUUUGGGCAAAUCAUGUUUCUAAUGGGAGGAUUGACAUGUUUCCCAAUGCUGAUUUUCGAGAUUCAGAAUCUGAUCAACAUAAGGCACCGCGAGACACUGAAAAAUAAAUAGUUAAACAGCAUCUUGUCAAGCUGCAGGGAAGGUUUUGCGACUACUUCCUGGAGGAGAACAGGAGACUAGAUGACUGGACCCGGGACCCCUAUUGACUGGAGAUGGGAAGCGUCACGUUGCCAAGUAAUGAAUAGGAUCAGCUGGUGGAGCUGUCAUUUGAUAGCGGACUGAGCAUGCACUUCCUGGAAAUGACACUGCCAUUCUGCUGCAGCGUAAUGGGAGAGUGUCCUGCUCUCACCUGUCAUGAGUCAUUAAUAAAGAAUUCCUAAUGAUAGAAGAAACAACAAUUUUAAAAACUGGUAUGUGUUACUGAGUCUGAUCAUGUAUUACACCCCACUCCUGAACUGGGCGCCUAAUUAAAUGGCUUAUUCUCUUGAAUUGAUAAUACAUGUGUUCUCAGUUAAUAUGGCUGUGUAAUGACUUUCUUUAAUACCGUAAUUGAGUCUAUUUUGCAAGUGAAACCUGCCCAAGAAGGCAGGUGCAAUGCAACAUUACAAAAUGUUAUCAUCAACAGUCCAUAAUAUUGGGUUGUGACUUAAUUGUGACUUUCAAAUUUGGGUCCCCAGACAAAACCAGUUGAGAACCACUGGUAUAGGGUAUCAUUGUUCCCUCUAAACCGCUGUAAAAUAUAUUUUCAUUAAAUCAAAAAUAUUGUAUUUUCAGCUGUUUGAAGCUGGUUUGCAAAAGUAGAUGACACAAAAACAAAACUUAAAGAACACGAAGCAUAGAAAUGGGGCACAUAGAACAGAUACUGGGGAACAGGGCAGAACGACAGAUUUUCACCUUGUCAGCUCGGGGAUUCGAUCCAGCAACCUUUCGGUUACUGGCCCAACGCUCUAACCACAUUUCUAUGUGAAUGUGGUCGGGUCACCCAAAAAGUUACAUAUUGCAGCUUUAAUGGCAUAUCCCUUUCCUUUUUUUCUUGUUCUCAUUCUGUAUGCUUUUCUCUCUCUUCUCCGACACCUUUCUUUUUAAUCUUAGUCAUGUUUGUAUUUUCUUAUGUAAACUGCACUGCAAUUAAGUUUUCUGUAUUGUAAAGUGCACCAUUGUGGCACAUGUAAAAAACAGAAACGUCCUCUCUCUGUCAACUGGGUUUAUUUUCAGCAAACUUAACGUGUAAAUAUUUGCAUGAACAUAAGAUUCAACAACUGAGACAUAAACUGAACAAGUUCCACAGAUGUGAUUAACAGAAAUGGAAUAAUGUGUCCCUGGACAAAGGGGAAGUCAAAAUCAAAAGUAACCGUCAGUAUCUGGUGUGGCCACCAGCUGCAUUAAGAACUGCAGUGCAUCUCCUCAUGGACUGCACCAGAUUUGCCAGUUCUUGCUGUGAGAUGUUACCCCACUCUUCCACCAAGACACCUGCAAGUUCCCGGACAUUCCUGGGGGGGAAUGGCUCUAGCCCUCACCCUCCGACCCAACAGGUCCCAGACGUGCUCAAUGGGAUUUGAGAUCUGGGCUCUUCGCUGGCAUUGGCAGAACACUAACAUUCCUGUCUUGCAGGAAAUCACUCACAGAACGAGAGGUAUGGCUGGUGGCAUUGUCACGCUGGAGGGUCAUGACAGGAUGAGCCUGCAGGAAGUGUACCACAUGAUGGAGGAUGAUGUCUUCCCUUUUACGCACAGCAUUGAGAUUGUCUGCAAUGACAACUAGCUCAGUCCGAUGAUGCUGUGACACACUGCCUCAGACCAUGACGGGCCCUCCACCUCCAAAUUGAUCCCACUCCAGAGUACAGGCCUCGGUGCAACGCUCAUUCCUUUGACAAUAAACGCAAAUCCGGCCUUCACCACCCCGUGAGACAAAACCGCCACUCGUCUGUGAAGGGCACUUUUUAUCAGUCUUGUCUGGUCCAGCGACGGUGGGUUUGUGCCCAUAGGCGACAUUGUUGCCGGUGAUGUAUGGUGAGGACCUGCCUUACAACAGGCCUACAUGCCCUCAGUCCAGCCUCUCUCAGCCUAUUGCGGACAGUCUGAGCACUACUGGGGGGAUUGUGUGUUCCUGGUGUAACUCGGGCAGUUGUUGUUGCCAUCUUGUACCUGUCCCGCAGAUGUGAUGUUCAGCUGUACCAAUCCUGUGCAGGUGUUGUUACACGUGGUCUGCCACUGCGAGGACGAUCAGCUGUCCGUCCUGUCUCCCUGUAGCACUGUCUUAGGCAUCUCACAGUAUGGACAUUGCAAUGUAUUGCCCUGGCCACAUCUGCAGUCCUCAUGCCUCCUUGCAGCAUGCCUAAGGCAAGUUCACGCAGAUGAGCAGGUACCAUGGGCAUCUUUCUUUUGGUGUUUUUCAGAGUCAGUAGAAAGGCCUCUUUUGUGUCCUACGUUUUCAUAACUGUGACCUUAAUUGCCUACCGUCUAUAAGCUGUUAGUGUCUUAACGACCAUUCCACAGGUGCACGUUCAUGAAUUGUUUAUGGUUCAUUGAACAAGCAUGGGAAACAGUGUUUAAACCCUUUACAAUGAAGAUCAGUGAAGUUAUUUGGAUUUUUACAAAUUUUCUUUGAAAGACAGGGUCCUGAAAAAGGGACGUUUCUUUUUUUGCUGAGUUUGUGUAAAAUGAUACCAAUCUAU